GAGGCAGAAGCGCUUCAGUCCUGUUUCUGCCAUCCUUUCAGACUUCCAUCGGAGCUGGGAAAAUGUAUGCAGCAGUUCUGUUCUUUGUCCUCAUGUGCUGGACCGCCACCACCCGUGCGGAUCACCAUCAGUCUUGCCGUCCGACCAAUUUGACGGGAGUCAUGUCUGUGGUGUCACUGCGGAAUCAAGUAAAAGCUCUUGCACCCUACACGUAUGACGCAACGAAUAAGAAACUUCGGUUUCGAUCAAACAGUAGCAAUCAAUGGAACGCAACCUUGGAAGUGGAUUUACUGGUGUUCUUUGAGGAGGGGAUAUUAUACAAGAUCGACAGCAAAAACCAGAGCUGUGAGAAGAAGGCACUACAAGCCACAUACCACCCCUUUGCUCUUCCCAGCAAUGCUGUUUACCAGGCCACUCUGGUCUUUGGGAGCGCAUCCAUUGAAGGGGAAGGACUAAAAGCCAACAUAUGGUUCAUCCCAACGCCAGACGUCAAAGGCCAGAGCAUCAUGUCUUUAUCGAUGGGUUGUAUACCUAUUAGCUUAAUGCACGUGGCAGAAGACACAAUGCUUAUUUUCAGCAACAUGGACGUUGAACAGGAGAUCAAGGAUCCCGAUCUCCUUGCAGUGCCGUCCUUUUGCCAAGGAUUGGCUGUGGAGGAGACACCAGAAGGGACAGUAUAUGGUUUUAUGACUGAGUUCAUGUAAAUACAACCCAAACAUCACACCCAAGCGUCACAAUCCCUUCCCUUCAUUUCAUGUACACCCUCGAUACUCUAGCAUGAGGCUGCAUUAUAACCGAUCUUCCACUGCGCUAUGCUGAAAUGGAUCACGCUGUAUACAUUUGUAAAGGACGUAAUGGCAUGGAUUUCUACACUUAAUCAUUAUUACUAACUGUUGGUGGUUUUCACUUCAGUACUGCUUCCAAAACCCUUUGACAAUGAUUAAUGGAACAAUAAACAUCGAAGCUGUCAGUAUUUACUACAA